AUGGUCGGCGGACUUGGUUUUCAAAGGGGAGCCAUCCUUAGAGUUUCAGCCGUAGCAGCAGCUUCCUCCAUGACUAUUUCCCAGAGUCAGGCUGUGAACAAAAGGAGGCACUUACUGGAGGAGGCUAAGUCAACAGUGAGGAUAGACACUUUAUUGGGAAUGGACUGCCAAAGAAAAGAGGAGAAGAUAGUGAGCAAAAUUGUUGAGUUGGAAGAUAAUGAUUUGAGCAGAAUUGCAGGGCUGAGAAGGCCAGAAAAAAUGGGAAAAAUUAAGAAUUUGGUGAAGCAGAGGAGUGUUGAUGUGCUCUUACUACAAGAAACUAAAAGACGCUCUAUGGAUGAAUAUGUUGUGAGACCUAUUUGGCCUUAUGAAGGGAUGGAAUUUAUGCUAGUAGAUUUAGAUGGGAGUGCUAGUGGUCUCUUGUUGAAUAUCUAUGCUCCAAAUGAGGUUCUCAAGAGGAGACAAUUAUGGGACACUUUGGCGAAUGUCUAUUCACAUUUUCCAAAUCCUUGGUGUGUGGAAGGGGGUUUCAAUGAAAUUAGAUACAUGGAUCACUGCCCCAUUUUGCUAAAGGAUGAUGAUAGGGAUUGGGGACCAAAGCCCUUCAAGUUUAUUAAUGCCUGGUUAUCACAUCCCUCCUUCAUGUCUGAAGUCAAAAAGAGGUGGGAGGAAGUACAAGUUCAAGGGUGGGCAGGGCUUAGAGUCAUGAGAAAGUUGAACAUGCUUAGGAGUCAUUUAAGGGUGUGGAAUAAGGAAAUGUUUGGCAACAUUGACACUCUUCUAAAGUCAGCAGAGGAGGAGUUACAUAAGUGGGAUCUGAAGGCAGAGUCUAGGCCCCUUGAUGAACAGGAAUUAAGGAGUAGAAGAGAAACUCGAAGCCAGGUGUGGCAGCUAAGUAAGAGUAAGGAAAGAUUGUGGCAUCAAAAAUCUAGACAGCUGUGGGCUUAUACUGGUGAUAAAAAUACUAGAUACUUUCAUAUUAUGGCUAGUAGAAGACAGAGAAAGAAUAUGUUAGACUCAGUUCUGGUGGAGGGUGUGAGCUUAGAGGAUCCAACUCAGGAAAUCUGGAAGCUGUGUUUUCUGAAGUUAAGAUAUGGGAAGCACUUCAGGAUUGUGAUGGGAAUAAAGCCCCAGGCCCAAAUGGUUUUAACCUUACUUGAGGUGCUGGCAUAUAUUGAAAGGGGAGAUAAUUCAAUUGUUGCAUGA